GAAGUGCGGUUGUUUACGGAAUCAAGAGGAUGCUAGCCCAACGGAAAACAAUUUGUAACAUUAGCUAGAUUACAGCUAAGCAGUUGAAUUACUUGUGCUACCAGACCCAUCUUGCACUAAAUGUAAACUAUAUGCAGGUUAAAUAUGGUAAUUUUCUGUUUCCGAUAAUUGCUUAUCUCAUAGUGUUCUGAAUCUGUAACGUUAACUCUGAAUCAAAACUAGCGCAGCAAGCUAGCUAGUUGUCGUUGACAUUACAAGCAACUCUAAAGUUUGUUUAACAUUAACUUAGGUUUGGUGUGAUGGAAGUAACCAAACGGUAAAUGUGGACCGACCAAUAUACGUCUACAACCUGUUUAACGUUACCUCCACUGAAAACCGAGUUUAAGAAACUGGCACAUCCAGUUUAAAGAGACCGACGUUAGCUGUGCCCGACAAAUGCCUCUACACUAACGUUACACACGCCAGUCAAAACUUGCAUUCUCUACAAGUGUACUGAAAAUAAAAGACUGUCCGGAGUUAUCACACAGUGUUGGUAUAAUGGCCGAGACUAUAGUAACGUUUCAGUCGCAACUUUCUGGUGUCAUGGAAACGGUCUUCAAAGCUGCCAUGUAUGAGAUCACCCGGCUGGUGGAGGACAGUUUUUUGGAAGAGGUUACACGGUGCAGGGACCAGGUCGAGUCCCUGAAGAGGCGACUUAAGUGGUCGGAGGGUCGACGUAAAGAAAGAGAGGGUGACAGGAGAGGGAGAUGUAUUGACUGCGGAAGAGUCGGUGUGUCCGGUGAGGAAGAACCCAGAGCGACAGAGAAAAGUCUUAAACAAGAGAAUGUGCUACAAGAAGAGAUAAAUAGCUCCGAGGGCACUGAUGGAGAGACACCUAGUCAUGAAGCGGAAGAGACCCACAGUGCCAUGAAGGCCCCACAGUCCACAGGUGUACAGAUUGAAAAGCUGGAUAGACUGCUCAAGGAGGAAGCCCUUCAGAUCACACCAGAAACUAAUGAGUCCCAAGAGAGAUGGGGAGUCACUUUGGAGGAAACAGAGGCAUCAGGUCUGCCGGGGCCCAGUAAACGUUACAGUGACCAGAAGAUCUCAAAGUGUCAUGUGAACUGGGAAGCUGGCUUUGACCAGAGGCCAGAAUCAGGCCAUGAUGGACACUCAGGUGACCCAUCUGAACCGCCUUUCCAGAGCAGGUAUGGUAUGGAAGACUUGGGUGGCUUUGACAAGACUGGCUAUGGAGACGGCAGUAUGAUAGACAUGGGUAACUUGGAUGGGUUACAAGGAUCACCAUCCCACCUGGGUGAGGAUCUGAGUUACAUGGGGCACUACGAGGGCGAUGUGGAAGCACCAGAAAGAGCCGAGCAUCAAGCUUACCAAGCAGGCCUCCCACGGAAUAGAAGCGGCGCGGUGGGUUCACCUGCAGGCUCACCCUCAAGGACUAACCAUGAUGUAAGUGGAGAGUUCAGCUGUUUAUUGAUCAAUGAAGAAGGGUAUCUACAGGACCAGAGUAUCUUGUACCCUGAACAUGUGUCUGGUGAUUUGGGCGGCAGGUUGAGCCUCCAGGGGCAGGGCAUUCGCCCUGACCCAUCUUUAGACAGCACAGAGGAUAUGUAUGGACCCUCAGAUGCGUACAGUGAUACCUUAAACCUGGGAGAGAGGUUGCAGCAUCAGGCAGGAGGGAGAGGAGGGAGGAGACACACCUGUAACCACUGCUCCAUGUCCUUCCCUGAUUCGGCCUCACUAAAGGCCCACAAGCAGACACACAAAGGCACUGGACAAGUGCCACCAUACUCCUGCACCCAGUGCGGAAAGACUUUCACUCAAGCCUGUAACCUCAAAGUCCACCAGAGGAUUCACUCGGGGCAAGGGCUCCACCUCUGCAGCCAUUGCGGUAAAGGUUUCCCUUCUUUCUCUGACCUAAAGGCACACAAGUGUGGCCAAACAGGUGACAAACCUUACUGCUGCACUGUAUGUGGGAACAAGUUCAGCCGUCUCUGGAAUCUGAAGUUGCACCGGAGAAUUCACACACAGGAAAAACCUCAUCGUUGCACCAUGUGUGAUAAGAGCUUCACACGGGCGGACAUAUUGAAGGUUCACCAGCGCACCCACACGGGGGAACGCCCAUACUGCUGCGCUGUCUGUGGCCUCAGCUUCAAACGGCUGGAUCAUCUGAAAUCACAUCAACGCAAACACAUGACAGAUCUAUGUAUCAUGUCGGACCUUGACACCCUCGUUGUCACUUUCCAGACCCAGCUCUCGGAUGUGAUGGAGACUGUGGUAAAGACAGCCAUGUAUGAGGUCACCAGGCUGGUGGAGGACGGCUUACUGGAGGAGGUGAAGCGCAGGAACCAGGAGGUGGAGUCCCUGAGGAUGCAGCUGCAAUGGGCUGAAAGAAAAUUAAGUGAAGGAGGGAAAACUGGGAAGUGUGUUGACUGUGCCAAGGAUGAUGUGGAACUGUCCAGUCACACUGCAGAAGAAAGGCCCAAAGAACAGCAUGAUGACAUUUCGAGGGGCUGUGGUGUGAAGAAAGAGGGUGACUCUGUGGAAAGAUGGACAAGAAGCCUCAGACAGGAAGUCACAGCAGAGUCAACACAGACAGCAGACAAUCCUACAGCCACUCACAGCCCUGAGAGGAAAUCACAGACAACAGAAGAAGAAGAUGUGUUGCCAGCGGUGGAUGUGAAGGAAGAAGAAGUGAAUAAGCCGUCUUGUUCUUCUGUUCAUUUGGGAGGGUGGAGUGGUACCCUUGAUGGUGAAGCGGGACCUGAAUCCCACAGCGCUACUGAGAUUUCUGAGGCACAACCAAAACAGACUCAAGAGAACAGUGAGGAAUUAUUGAGGAAUAUCAUUAAGCAAGACCCACAGAUCUCUACUGCAUAUGUCUUUCCUGAAGAGCAGGAGGAAAUACACAUGGCUACAGAUCCAUCUUUAGAGGUGGACAGUGGUUGGGAUGACCUGAAUGUCACAGCUGGAGUGCUGCAGAAUCACAGACUUUCAACAGAAAAGGACAGUGAUCCAGCCAAAACUAGAGGUUCUCUAAAGCAAACAGAACAUGAGCUGUCCAACUCUGUCACAGCAGAUGUUAAUGUUCUGGAUAUCCCAGGUGGAGAUCAGAUUUCAUCCUCCACGUCCCCUGAGGCAAGACUGCAAAACAGUGAUACUUUGGGUGUGACAAUCAAGCAGGAGGUUAUUGUCGAUUCUGAUGGGUGUGUGGAAAGCAAGCAUAAAGAGAAGAAAAUGACAAAGUCUGGGAUGGCAUCUUUCUCAUGUUCAGUAAAACAGCACAGGGUGAGUUCAGACGCACUCAAGCAGAACCACAUUUCCCAUAAAGCCAAUGUGCAAGAGGUUAUGAAACUGCAUUCCAAAGUGGGUGCAGGUCUCAGAUUGCAAGCUGCUAUACAGCACCUCCACCGACCGAUGAAAAAGCCCUCUCACACGCUCUCGAACAGCACCACAGCAGCACUGUCUAUAGCUCACUCUCAGGUUAUAAACUUAAAUCCCCUCAACAGAAUUCCCUCCACAUCUAAAGCCGCUCCUCUUCCUCCACUCUCAGUCCAGCGAGUUCACCUGGGUGACAAACAAGCCGCAGCACAUAGCCGAACGGGUGCGCCAUGGGUCAGCAUCAGAACCCAACAUCAGUCUACAAACUCUCAUCACACCAACCCCUUACCUCAUCCAGACUCUCACCCUCACGCUAUCCCCAGGCACUUCCUGCGCUGUGGCCAGUGUGGGAAGUGCUUUCCCCACCCCAGCAACUUGAAGGCCCACUUGCAGACUCACACAGGUGAGCGGCCUUUCUGCUGCUCCCUCUGUGGUCGCAGCUUCACCAAGCUGAGCAAUCUCAAGGCCCACCGACGGGUCCAUACCGGGGAGAGACCAUACUGCUGCUUGGCUUGUGGGAAACGUUUCACCCAGAAAUGUAACCUGAAACGCCACCAGAGGAUCCAUCUUGAUGUAUGAUGAUGGACAGCCAGUGAGAAAAAGACGAAUUUGGUGUGUUUGUUUCUUUUAGAUCAAGAUGCUACAGUGUUUCCUUUGCAAUAUAAUACAGUUGCCAUGGUGCAUUGCAUUCUUGUAUACUCAUCUCUUGAAGUGAUAGUCCCGACUUCUUCCCCUUCAUUCUAGAAAGGUUUGUCUAGUAACUUACGAAGGUGUUAUAUUGUUAUUAAAGGGAUGAAAAGCAGUGUGUUGUUGAACUGUAUCAUCCACAGAGAUAGGUCAAUUGUCACUUUUGGUCAAUAAAUAACUAUUUAUUCUA